AUGGAGACGGACCAUAUCGAUCAGCUGCUGGAGCGCUUUCUCAUCCUGCUGGAUGAAUAUACCAUUCUGCGAGAGCUCCUCAGCAAGACUCAGGCUGGCAUGUAUCAGAACAUCGCACGAGCCAACUUCUCCGCAGAGAGGGGCGUCAGAUACGGCCCGGACUACUACGACGAGCGCAUGCAGGCUUCGAGAAUCCUCUCCAUCUCUGCCGACAGCAAGGGUGUCCCUCGCUACGAGCUUGUCAAGCCUGCAGAAGAUGUAACGAACCCAGGGACCCAGGAGGCUCCAGUCGGCGAGCGGAAACCCGACGGCCAAGAUGAGGCUCCGGCUGACGAGGUCGAGCCAACUGAAAAAGCAAAGGACGCUACGAAGGCAACGGAGAAGAGCAACGACCCUAUUCGGUGGUUCGGCAUCCUCGCGCCGAUGCCUUUGCGUCAGGCGCAAACGUUGUCGGUCAAGGCCGUGCAGGACGUGAUUCCUCGUCUGGUCUCUGUCCAGGCUGAGAUGAAGCAUGUGGAAAUCGAGGUCAGGCGGGCACAAAAGAAGCGGGCCAAAGCUGAGGCUGCUCAGAAGAAGAUUGACGAAGCGGCGGCAAGUCGCGAGUCGCACGCCCCCAGGGCAGCAAUUGAUUCUACGUAA